GGGGAAUUCCGGCCUCGCUCGGUCUCCGGGGAAGCAGCAGCUGCCGCACCGCCACCGCCGGAGCAGUAGUUAGAAAAGUCUUGGCGGAAUGGAAGAGCCUCAGAGGGUGCAGGAUGUGGGCGUGUCCCGCGCCCCGAAUCCUUCUGGGGACCCCGAGCCUGAAGAGACCAUCCAAAGCCUGCAAGCUCAGUUGGCAGCCGCCUUGGCCGAAGUGGAGACAGUCCGAGCUGUGGCUGCAGUGAGUGAAGGCACCAAGCAGGAGGCGGUGGAGGCUGUCCAGCGCCGGUGCCAGGAAGAGGUGGCUUCCUUGCAGACUAUCUUGAAAGAUACCAUUUCCAGCUAUGAAGCCCGUCUAUCAGCUUUCCAGCGUGACAGCCGAGAAAACGUUUGGAGCAGGCUGCCAAGGACCAACCCUCUGGACUCGUUGGAGAAACAGAUGGAAAAAGCACAAGAGGAUACUCAGCGACUCCGGGCCAUUGUUCUGCCGAUGGAGCAGGAAAUUGCUGAACUGAAAGCAAAACUGGCCCAUGCUGAGAGUCUAGUUCAGGAGCUGCAGAGUGAGGAGGUGAGAUGGAAAAGAGGGACAGAAGAAAAGCAUUCCUUAUGUAGCUCAGCAGAAUCCCUUCUUGCUGACCCUGAGACUGUGUCCACGGAUUUGCCUGGAAGUCACCAGGUUCCUUUGAUGGAAGGAGGAGUAGCAGAGAAGUUUGCCUGUAGUCUGGACAGCAUCUCCAUUGCUUCAUUUUCCUCUUUGGCACCAAGUUCUGGGCCUUCUGUCCGACGCAGACGUCCCCCAAGUCCUGAGACAUGUUCCAUUGCCUCCUCAACUGGAACCCUGGUACCUGAGACUAUUUAUUUACCACCAGUGGGAUACCAGCUUGUGUCUGAAUCAGAGUGGGCUCAGCUCCAAGAACAGGUGCAACAACAACAUGGAGCUCUGGAGGAACGAGCAAAGGAGAAAGCUAACUUGGAGGAGGCAUUGAGACGUAGCAACGAAGAGUGCAGUAAGCAGGUUCAGGUUCUUUUGACUCAGAUCCAGACAUCAGAGAACAUUCUCCAAAGCCUCCAAGCCACCGUGAGUGAGACCCAGCGGAAGACUCAAGAGCAGAUGGCUGAUUUGGCUGCAUCCCACAAACGCCUCAGCUACGAAGUGCAACGUCUCAAUGCCGAGAAUGAAGGGCUACGGGGGAUGAGUUCCCAGGAUUCUCUCCCAACAGAUGAUGAAACUAGGAGCUUGCCCAGCACAGUGCCGGAGUUGCAAGCCAUGGUGUCCAAGCUGAGGCAAGAGUCUGCCUUACAACUUCGGGCUGCAGAGCAUCAGGCUGAGCGCCUGCGAAUUGAAAUUAUAUCCUUGCGGGAGCAGCUGGAUGAACAAACAGCAUCUCAGUCAAGCCUGAAGGGGGCACUGGAGAGAGAGCGGGAAGAAAGAGAGCUUUUGCAAGCCUCUUUGAAUAGUAUUCAGAGUGAGAUGGAAAGGCUGCAGCAAGGGCAAGAAGAGCUGAAUAGAAUUCAGAUGCAGCCUGAUGUGAGAGAAGCCAGUACACUACCAGGGAGACCAGAGGCUUAGACUGACAAUGAGGAAAUUGGGCUUCUCUGUCUUCCCAUUCCUGACACUCCAGGAACCUCAGGGAAAUCAUGACUUUCCAGGCACCAAUAGGCCAACUUGCUCCUCCAGAGCAUCUCCAAGUCUUCUCUCUGCAUGGAUAGGAGAACUCUGGAGGUAGGGAUGGCUGGGUUCUUUUGUUACUCCCCCCAACCCUUGUCCAGACACUGGAGCCUCCAGAGCACAAUAAAUGAGACUUUUUUGUAA